AUGGCAGCGUCGUCAAAGACCAUAACAACCUCGUACCUGGUUGGUAACUUGCACUGUCCAUCGUGCGUUGCGGUCAUCAAGAAUGCCUUGGAGGAGGAAUAUUCCGGCAGACUUUUCUGGGUCUCUCCCAACGUGGUCACCUCUGUAGUCACCGUCGAACACCAAGAUGCAGGUGCAGGUUUCGUGCGCGACAUGGGCAAGACUCUUGAGGACUCUGGCUUCGAAGUCUGCGCCGUCGAAUCCACCGCUGACCUUCCGGAUGAACUUUGUAGUUCAGCAGCAGCCGACAUUGACCGAGUAAAGGUCGGCCAGGAUAGUGGACGUCGAAGCAGUGGUGGUGCUUUUGAGUUGUGGUGGAGGCUGUGGAGAGCUUCAACGCCUCAUGAAUCAAAAGCGGAAAUUCAUUUUGACAAAUGUGACGCUUGCAAGAGCACUGCUGCCACUCUCGGUCCUGAGGAUGGCCUUGGCUCGGAGCACCAGCCCCAUCUCAACACCAUAUCAGCCUCUAGUCUCCAGAAACGACUGAAUGGUGUUGCUCUCCCUCGUGAUGCGAAUAAGUCGCAGGCCGCCCUUGAGGAGGUUGUGAUCGACGGCAUUGACGCAAUUAUUCCUCUGUGGCAGGCAACCAUCUCUGUCGGUGGCAUGACUUGCGCGUCAUGCGCCAACACCAUUACGGAAGAAAUGGGGAAACACCCCUGGGUCUCUAGAAUCGUGGUCAAUCUCGUCGCAAACCGUGCGACUGUGGAUAUCAAAGACCCUGCCCGCGCGGAAGAAGCUGUCAAAGCCAUCGAAGAUCUUGGGUAUGAUGCUGCCCUUGACGAACUCGUCAAUCUACAGGAGCAGACCAACGAUCGCACCCAAGGGCGAGAACUGGAAAUCAAGGUGGACGGUAUCUUCUGCUCCAAGUGCCCGGAUCGGAUACUAAAAACUCUGCGAAAUUUAAAACCUUCACAGAUCAAGGUUCUCAAACCGCUGUCUCGAGAGUUUCCACUCCUCAAAAUCAGUUACGUUCCUCAAGCGCCAACUUUCACCAUCCGACAUAUUCUCAGGGCAAUCGAAGCCACAGAUCCGUCUUUGGAAGCUUCCAUCCAUCACCCCCUGACGCUGGAGCAGCGGUCCAAGGCCAUCAGCGCGAAACAUCAGCGCGAACUGUCUCGGCGUCUGCUUCUGACACUCACCUUGGCCAUUCCCACCUUUAUAUUUGGCAUUGUGUACAUGAGCUUGGUUACCGAUUCGGACCGUACGAGGCAGUAUCUCAUGCAACCGUGGAGAUCAGGGCUGAGUCGUCUGGAAAUCAUCCUCUUUGCACUUUCAACGCCCGUCUAUUUCUUUGCCGCGGACAUUUUCCAUGUUCGAGCCAUAAAGGAGGUUCGAUACAUGUGGCGUCGAGGAAGCCGUACACCUUUGAUCCAGAGAUUCUACAAAUUUGGAAGCAUGAACAUGCUCAUGUCGCUAGGCACCACAAUUGCGUACUUUUCAUCUGUCGGGCAAAUGAUGGCUUCUGGAAUCCGACACGAUUCGGAUGUCCCAGCGAGUCGAUUUUACUUUGACUCUGUCGUAUUUCUCACCUUCUUUCUGCUCGCGGGAAGACUGAUCGAGGCCUACAGCAAGUCCAAGACGGGGGAUGCGGUUGGUGCGCUGGCCAAACUUCGCCCCAGUACCGCUCUUCUGGUUGAGCAAGACCCAAGCAAGGGCCAAGUUACCACGAGCAUACCCAUCGACCAGCUCGAGCACGGAGACACGGUACGGGUCCCUCAUGGAGCUUCACCGGGUGCCGACGGCGUAAUCCUUAUCGGGGAUACCAGCUUUGACGAAUCCAGCCUGACCGGGGAGUCUCGUCCCAUCAAGAAGACUCCAGGCGACCAUGUGUUCGCGGGGACGGUGAACAAAGGGCAUGCGAUCACAAUCCACGUCACAGGGACGUCUGGAAAGUCCAUGCUCGAUCAAAUUGUCGAGGCUGUCCGUGAGGGACAGACCAAGCGAGCCCCGGUGGAGCAAAUCGCAGACCUUUUGACUUCGUACUUUGUCCCGGUCAUCACGCUCGUCGCCGUCAUCACAUGGGUCAUUUGGCUGAGCCUGGCCCAAGCUCAUGUCGUUUCAGACGAGGAGCUCAAGGCGUCCGGCGGUGCGGCAGCUUUCGCAUUCCAAUUCGCCAUUGCCGUCUUCGUGGUAGCCUGCCCCUGCGGGCUUGCCCUUGCUGCUCCGACAGCCAUAUUUGUCGGGGGCGGCAUCGCGGCAAAACACGGCAUCUUGGCCAAGGGUGGCGGCGAGGCGUUUGAAAAGGCCAGCAGAAUCGACUGCGUCGUGUUCGACAAGACUGGAACUCUGACCGAAGGCGGGGAGCCCAAGAUCACCGACGUGGAGUUAUUCCCGGACAACGGCCAUGUCACGGGCGUUGACAGACAGACGCUGCUGUCAGCACUCAAGGCCGUGGAGGAACAGAGCAGCCACCCGAUUGCCAAGGCGAUUGUCAGCUUUUGCGGAGGCGAGGUUCCGUCCGCAGAGCUCGGCAAGAUUGAGGAGUUGCCCGGACGAGGGAUGAAGGCGUCUCAUCGGAACAAGCCGUUUCAGAUUGCGGUUGGCAAUGAAGUUUUGAUGCGCCAUCUCUCCGUCACGCUGUCAGUGGACGUUUUGAGCCGGUUGCAGAGGUGGAAAGGGGAAGCCAAAUCGGUAGCUGUCGUGGCCUUUAGGUGUUGUGACGGCGGCGGCGACGGGAGCAACUCGUGGACGCUGGGAGCCGUCCUGUCCAUAUCCGACCCGGUCCGGCGGGAGGCCAGAGCAGUUGUCAGGGCGCUGGACGCUCGCGGAACACAGGUCUGGAUGCUCUCGGGCGACAACGCCACCACGGCCAAAGCCGUGGCCCGGCUGGUCGGCAUCAGAGAGAGCAGGGUGCUUGCGGAAGUCCUGCCGUCGGAAAAGGCCAGCAAGGUCGGAUACCUGCAGGCGACGCUGGACCCCCAAACCCACGGCUCCGUGAGCAGACGUCGCGGCCCGCGCGGGAGGCGCCGCGCAGUGGUGGCCAUGGUCGGCGACGGCAUCAACGACUCGCCGGCCCUGACGAGGGCGGACGUGGGCAUCGCCAUCGGGUCGGGCAGCGACGUGGCCGUUUCCAGCGCCGACUUUGUCCUGGCGUCGUCCAGCCUGGCCAGCGUGCUGACGCUGCUCCACCUCAGCCGCGCCGUCCUGGGGCGCAUCAAGCUCAACUUUGCGUGGGCGGUGGUGUACAACCUGCUGGCGGUGCCGAUUGCUGCCGGGUGCCUGUACGCGAUCAAGACGGAGGGGGGAGGCGCUCGCGUCAGGCUCGACCCCGUCUGGGCGGCCUUGGCCAUGGCCCUGUCGAGCAUCAGCGUGGUGCUGAGCAGCCUCUGCCUGAGGGCGCGACUGCCGUGGGUGGGCUUUCGACACCGUCCCGUCAUGGCAGACGGGUGA